AUGGAGAUCAUUGAUAGGGAGGAUCCGGAGGUGGAGGGCAUGGCCAACCCUCCAGAGGAGGACAAGAUGUGGGUGAGGUUGGCAGAGCACACCCUCCUCAUGGGCAACAAUCUGCAUGUCCUGCUGGAAAAUGCUCUGCAUGCCCUUGAUGUGGAGGAGGUGGAGGAAGGGAAUGAGGCAGAUGAGGAGGACUGGGAGACCACGAGAGAAGAUGCAUGUCAGGGCACCAGCUCAUUGCUUAAUCAAGAGACAUGA